AGGCGAAUUAGAGGAGAAGUAGAAAUGCCCCUGCCGGCGGAAUGCGCGUGGAGCGGAGCGACGUGUGACUGGGUCGGACUUGAGAUCACACCGGAACUGUCGUAUCUGUGGAUAGAACGCAUCUGGAACCCCAUUAGGGAGGAAGAUGGAUGGGAAGAUAUCGCAGAGGGAAAGGUGGAAUCGGUCGGGACGGUCGUCUUGUCGGAACAGGGGUGGCAUCUGUUCUGCACCACACUAGCGGCAGGGCAAAAUCCGAUGUGGCUUCUGAAGGGAGCAGAGGCGAGGACUUGGAAGGCGGGCAAGAGGUUUGCCUAUAAGGGAUGGGAUGAGGUCCACAGUAGGGCCGUAAUGGGGGGAUGGAAAGAAUUUAGGCCUCCCUGCCUUCGAAAGAGGAUCUGGGUCCCCGAGUUCGUAGUGGACUGGUUUGGGGGUUUUGAUCAUGUAGUGGAAGUAGCUAGCAUUAUGGAAUGGGUACACAUAUACUAUACAUGGUUGUCGGAGGAGUUCUACAAAACAUCGCUGAAGUAUGGGCCUUUCCAUGGCGAUACAGCUUGGGAGGUCCUCAUCAUCCUGAAUAUGGAUAGGUACGACCAAUUAGAGGUAGCUCCGGAAAUCAGGGAGGCUAUAAUCCGCCGGGAGGUAGCGGCGACACCUUGCUAUGUGGACGAUGUGUUUAAGCUGUUCGAGCUAGUGUGGCAGGCAGGGUUCGAAUUCGCGGACCCGGAAGUGGACGAUGUGACGGCGAACCUUAGGGUAGCCAUGGCUGGGAGCUUCCAGCUGCCUAGUGAGAACAAUCGGAUGAAUUUGUCGCCCUUUUUGCUGGAAAGGUUAGGCGGGGUGGAGCUUGUCAGAAGGGCUGUAGCCGACCUCGCUAGCCUGACGUUUGAGGAUGCGAUGGUUCACCGAGAGUAUUACCGGACCUUCCUAGAGAUGGGGCCGUUCAACGGAGAGCAGAGGAAGUCGAAAAGGCUACCCUCGAGAGGAAAGCCGCUAGUUUCAGACACCGUCCUAAGAACUGGGGCAUGGCAGUGGCAAAAUGCCAAACCUCGGCGGCGAGCCCUCCGACAGAAGAAAAGUGGAACAGCGUCCGAUACGAAAGUGUCAGAACGAGAUGAUGAGGAAGUACCUGAAGGCAGAGAAAAUGGCAACAAAAGCCGAAUUGGCGGCAGUCCAAAGGAAGAACUAUGCGACUCUUACAACGACUUCCUAAGGGCAUUUACUCUAGUGGCACUACGAAUUCCCGGGGUAACGGACCGUACAAUGAGCGAGGUGUCCCGACCCGCCCUCCCGCCCCAAGAGGCCGUAGUUCCAGCAGCAGUAGCAAAUCGGGGGUAUGGCAGGAGGGAUCCGGCCAACGAGAAGUGCAGGUAUUGCACAAUGGGCGGACAUUUCAUGCGCACUUGCCCCAGACUCAAUCAUGACAUCAUUAAGCAAAGAUGCAGCAGGUCCCACAAAGGUGGGCCUCAGGGAGAGCGCAUAAACUGGAAUUCGCCAGGAGGGAUGCGGCGUGCCGUCAUCCUCCUGAAUAAUCUGGACAUAGCUGUCGUAGAAGCGGAGCCGGUAGCUGACAUUGUCUGGGACCAACCAAGGGGACGCGAACCACAAGCCAAUUUCAUCCUAGAAGGCAAUGGGCAGGAUAGGGUGAAUAUCACCACCCGGCGGGCAGGCGCGGAGAAGAAACUUAUUCAAGAUACAGUAAUGGAAGAGGUUGCGGGGACCAGCGCAGAUCAAGGCGAAACUGAGACCAGGGAACAGGAGAAGGUUUAUGGAAAGACAAGGGAAGAGGAGCCGGUAGACAAGGUUACGGCGGCAAAAAAGAAAUUCAAGUAUCAGAUCUCGAUUCUAACCCUGCCAGAAAUAGAUGACAACCUAAGCAAACUCCUAGGCACCAUGGUAUCCGUAUCAUUUCAAACCAUGUUGCAAGCAAGCCCGAGACUGCUUAAGGGUCUCAGACAACUGCUGACGCGCAGACGCGUACAAAUAGAGGAGGCCCCGGAACCACAGGAGCAGGAGACGGAAGAGGCUGAGGCACCGCAAGGGGUCUCCAACCUCCAGGGGGUUCCAGGGGAUCUAGAGGACCAGGAAAAAGCCUUUGCAGAGAUCCGUCUAAGCCUACCGGUACGGGGUCACCACACACAUGCAUUAGUGGACGGGGUUGUGGAAAUUACCCUCAUACGACGAGACUUUGCAACAAUUACUGGUUGCACUGUAAACAAGGACGUGACGGGGAGUAUCCGGGGAGCCGACAGGGAAAUUCCCUUUGCAGGAUACGUCACGAUAUGCGCAGUCAAGGCGGGGAUCAGGGAAUCGAUCUGGUCCUUCCAGCGGAUCACCGUGAUGGAAGAGAUGGACCAUGACAUAAUUCUCGAGAGACCAUGGUGCGCCAACGUAGAGAUAAUAGGCUUUGCCAAGAUAGUUGAACCUAUCCGCGCAAUGAUUAGGGAAGGAGGGACCAUGGAGUGGACUGAGGAUAGGGAGGCGGCAGUCCAGACCCUCAAAGACAUCUUGUCUUCCGACCAAGUCACCCUGGUAGCGCCCUGCUUCAAUGAUGAAGUAGGACAACCCUUUAUCUUGGAAACAAACGGAGGACCUUUGGCAGUAGGUGGAGUCCUGAUACAGAGGAGCGAGGAAGGUAAGGAGAGGCCUAUCAGAUUUGAGAGCAGGACCCUGAAUUCGGCAGAGCGGCGGUACUCACAAUUCAAGAAAGAGGUCUUAGCCAUUUUACAUUGCCUUAAGACUUUUCAGGCAUACCUAUUCGGGAGACGGUUUAUCUUGAGAAUCGAUCCGACUAAUGUUGUCGGGGCAUUAAAGAACUACAAGCCUAUAGACCCGACCGUUGGGAGAUGGAUAGGCUUCAUAUGGCAAUUCGACUACAAGGCUGAGCGAAUUGCGGGGCUCCGAAAUAGGGAAGACGGGCUAAGUCGGAUUUGUAUUACGUCGGAGGGAGUGGAGGAUGCGGAACCGAUCGACGCCUUCCUAGAAUACGCCUUCCUAGAAUACGAAGGGGUGACCCUUGUCGUAGAUAACGAGAUGGCAGACACGGCUCCUACAAUGGACCAACUGCUGAUUCAGACCCUAGAAAAGGGCGCGCCCGCCAUAGUUGCGAAACUCAGGGAAGGAUCAGUCAUCACGUUUAGACGCAAGGAUGAGAAGGAUUCGUGGGGAGCAACGAUGGGGCCAAAGGAAGAGCUGAUGGCAAUGGCCGUUGAAGGGGGUCGGGAUGCUGUGAUGAAUCUAGUAGAAACUUGGACGCGAAGAGAGCGGCAGUAUCUAGUGAAUCAGGCUCAGGAGGAGCAAGACACCGAUCAGAAGGGACGAUAAUUCUUCUCUAUACAGAUGUAUGAUGGCAUCUUUAGAGAAGUCGGUGUGCUGCUUAUAGGAAACAAGCGGCCUAUGGAAGUCAGCCUCAAGGCAAGGGAGGAAGCCGAAAAGUAUGUUUUGAGGAACGGUCACCUGUUCAAGAAAGAAGAAGGAAUGAUGCCUAGGCGUGUUGUGUGCGGGAGGUCCAGGCAGUUGGACAUAAUUCAGGCAAUGCAUGAUGGACUAGUCGGAGGGCACCGGUCAUCCAAAGGGACUCUUGCAAAAAUCGC